AAAACACUUCCGGGUUUAGAACCAAUAGCAUUACAUGCAGAAGGUGUCACGCGGUGCUACUUUUGAACUUUGUUAUUCAAUGUGUCGGACCUGAACACUGGAUCACAGCAGCAGUGAAAGGUGCACUAUGGGACGCCUCGACGGGAAAGUAAUUGUGUUGUCGGCUGCUGCGCAGGGGAUUGGACGUGCUGCAGCAAUAGCAUUUGCAAAGGAGGGAGCUCAAGUCACAGCGACAGACAUCAAUGGAGAGAAGCUGAAAGAGCUGGACAGCAUUCCAGGGAUUAAGACCAAGGUUGUGGAUGUAACUAAGAAGGACCAAGUCGAAGCCCUGGCCAAGGAACAUGAUCAUGUGGAUGUGCUGCUCAAUGUCGCUGGGUUUGUGCACCAUGGCUCCGUCUUGGACUGCGAAGAGGCCGACUGGGACUUCACAAUGAACGUGAACAUCCGGAGCAUGUUCCUCAUGAGCAAGGCCUUCCUACCUAAGAUGUUGGCAAAGAAGUCAGGAAACAUUAUUAACAUGGCAUCUGUUGCAUCGAGCAUUAAAGGUGUUGUGAACCGGUGUGCCUAUAGUACCUCCAAGGCUGCAGUGAUUGGGUUCACCAAAUCUAUAGCGGCUGAUUUUAUUGAGCAAGGCAUUCGCUGUAACUGUGUUUGUCCUGGAACUGUUGAUACUCCAUCAUUGAGGGGUAGGAUCGAGGCCCAACCUGACCCAGAACAGGCUUAUAAGGAUUUCAUGGCAAGACAGAAAACUGGCAGAAUGUGCACAGCUGAAGAGGUGGCUCACCUGUGUGUAUACCUGGCCUCAGAUGAGUCUACCUAUGUGACUGGAACGGAGCAAAUCAUCGAUGGAGGAUGGAGACUCUAAGCAAACUGUUGCAAGCACGUUGUGACAGUAGUGGAGACUUAAUAUUCUUAGUUGAAGCCCAAAUAAAACGCACUAAAUCUGAGUUAAAUCAUUUAUAUCAUUAGGGUCUAAGGACAGAGGGUGUCAUAUUGUCAUACUGAUAUUUUGUACAAACUGUAAAGUCCACAGAGACAAAUGUAACAUUUGUGAUAUUGGGCUAUAUAAAUAAACAUUGAUUGAUUGAUUGAUUGAUUAUAUGAUUUUGCUUAUUGUUGACUUUUUCUGUGACAUGCCCUAUUUUCCAAAUCAAAUGUUAUAUGCUGCAAAUGUGUGCAAUGCCAACAUAGUGAUGUUGAUUGACAUUGUAAUAAAUUGGUUUUAUCACAGCUAAAGUGUAAUGGUGUAAUAAUCACCUUAUUACAAAUGCAUUAAUUGUGAAGUAUUUGACAAACCAAUCGUUAAAAGUUUAAUUUGAAUAAUAAUGAAAUAGGUUCAAACAUCUAUUAAAAGUCUUCACCAAUA